UUACAUAAACCCACAGAGUUUACUCUUUUCAACAGACUGCAUUUUGUUCUGAAUAACAUUGCAAAUAUUGAUAAUUUAUGGAGGUAUUUGUUGACCAUCUUUACUUUUAGUCAUGAACUGUUCACAUCAGCCUUAAACAUGAUUCACAGAAGUGAACAGUUUCACAGCUUUUGUUCAUAUUACCUUUGACAAUUCCAUAUCAGACCUCCUAAAAACACUUUUGUUCUGUUGGUUUUUCAGUUCAAUUAUAUCACAUUGAAUAACACUGAACACUAUUCCCAACUGAACCACACAUUUUGAUGUAAAUUUUGUCUGAAUUUUCUCGAAGCUCAGGAAUAGUUACACACUGAAAUUUAUACAGAGGAGGAAUAAUUAAAGGUCAAAAGUUAAAGUUACCUUUAUUGUCAAACCUGUUAUGUGUUCAGAAGAAGAUCAAAAUGACAUUUAUCUUUGACCCCCAGUGUUCAGACAUAAAUAAGGAAACAAAUAAAUAAAAAGCAAGAGGAUUAAAGGAGAAAAGCAAGGCACAAAGUAUAAAACUAUAGAAAAACUGCAUAUACAUAAAUAAUUUAUAAUGUAUAAUGUUUAAUUCUGUGUUCUGUAAUCAUAAAAUUUUUAGUGCCCGUGAACUAAAUGAUGCACCACCUGUACAGCCAGAGGGCGCUGUUGUUCUGCAGGUCUGUCAAACAGGAUGUGAACUGAGGAGGAGGAGGAGAAGAAGGAGGACAAGCUGGGACUGGCAGGAAUAGAAGAGAAAAAAACACAAAGAGCAGGAUGGUUGGAUCUGACUUCUACUGCAGGUAAAACACUGUCCCUAUAAACCUGGGUUCUCCUCUGUCUUUACUCUGUUGUUCUUGUUUGUUGUUGUUUGGACUUUUUUUUAGCCUUUCAAAACUUGUUUUACUGUAAAAACCUGGGAAAAUGAAUCUUUGUUGUUUUUGUAAAACUUACAUUAUGGGGACCUUAGCCUGUUCCCACCCUACGUUACGGAGACUCAGUAUCAUUAUAGAGUGAAAACCUGACUUUUGGUUCAGAUUAGGGUUUUCUGUGUGUGUGUGUGUGUGUGUUGUUGGCUGGAAUGUGUCACCGGGUGUGUUUAGUUCCUACUUGCAGACUGAACAUUAACUCUGCGCAGGUUGGAAAAUCACAAAAUAAAGUAACAAAUGAGGAUAAAACAGCUUCAGAAAGAUCCUGUAAAAGUUAAACUUUUAAAUAAACAUUUAGUCUUUCCUAAAAUUUAACUUCCUCCAGUCAUUUGAUUUACGUCAGAUGACACUGAGGUUUAGUAGAGACAGUAAAGUUUUCUGUUUUCUUCUAUUGGUAGAAAUGACAUUAUAGAAUAGAAAAGAACAUUUUUGUCAUUGUUUCCAAAACAGUUAAACACCAUUUAACAGCUCAUGGAGUGAUAAUGCAGAUAAAAAGAUAAAACUGGCCAAAAAUUUAAAUAGACAAUAGAGAUAAAAUAAAAUAAACACAACACAAUGAGAUUGUAUGAUAACAAUAUAAAGUAAAAAAGUGAAAAAAUGAGUGUCAGAGGGCUCUUUAGCUCUAUUUUAUUUCUGUUUUAAUUAUCACAAAAGCUGAAGAGAGAAAAUUAAAUGUAGAAGAAAAAGAAAUAAUAAAAUGUAGUGUGAAAUAAAAAUAAAAUUUGGCCUGACAUAUGGUCAUAAAUGUACAUUACAUAUAAAGUUCAUAAAACAUAUUAUAUUUCAAAAUAAAGUAAAAUGUAUAAUAUAUUGAGGCAAACUGGAUUACAUUGGUUUUAUAUGUUAUGUUUUUAUAUUUUACAUAAAAUACUGACAACCAAUGAAAACACAUUUUAUUUUUAUUCAUUCAUUUAUUUAUUUUUUUAGAAUAUUUUAUUUUGAAGUUUUCAAAUAUGCAGAACAAUACAACUCAUUCCCACAGGCAAAAUGUAAGUGAUACAAUAAUAAUAGUAGGAUAAUACAGAUAUAAUAAAUUAAAAUAAAGUACAAAUAAAUUAAAUAAAAUAAGCAAGGUAGGUCUAAAAAAAAAAACAUCUAGUAAAAUGAGAUUAAGAUAUCCUAAAUACUGUACUUGGACAUUAUUGCUAAUUUAUGAUUGCACCAGUAAAAGGUUUAUAGAGAGUCCACAGCUGCUAGAGGUAAUGCUUCCAUAUACUCAAUAAAAGGUUGCCAGAUCUUCAAGAAAAUGUCAUACUUGUUCCUUAUGGAAUAUGUGAUCUUCUCUAAGGGUAAACAGGCUUUCAUUUCUGAUAUCCAUUUUGAUAUAGAGAGGGAGGAGUCUGACUUCCAGGUAAGUGCAAUGCAUUUUCUAGAAACCGUAAGAGCUAUGUCAAUAAAUUUCCUGGAGUUCUGAUUCAGUUUCAAGUUUGACACAUUUCCUAAGAGACAUAAUCAGGGGUCCAACGGAAUCGCUGUGCCCAAGUCAAUGUGUCACAUAGGUCAUGCCAAAAUGUGGUCACUUUGGUGCAUUGCCAUGUGCAAUGUAGCAUUGUACCCUCAGUAAUGCCACAUCUAAAACAGGUAUUAGAAAUUGAGGAGUAAUGGUGUAGUUUUUGAGGGGUGAGGUAAAGUUGAUGAAGAAAAUUGUAGUUGACCAAUCUGAAUCUGGCAUUCAUGGUGGUAAAUAAGCUGGUUUGACAUAAAUUAGACCAUAGGUCCUCAUAUAUUGUAGUGCCCAGGUCAGACUCCCACCUCUCUCUUGAUCGAUGUAGAUUCUUUUUUGGAUAUUCCUCCAUCAUUGUUAAAUACAUCUGGCCAAUAAAGUGUUUUGGGCCUUUGAUGUUGUGGAAUAGUUUCUCCACCUUCGUCAACUUAGGCACUGUCAUCUGUUCACCCCACUUUUUUUUCAGGAAAGUUCUCAGUUGUAAAUAACAAAAGAAGUGCUUGCUGGAUAGAUCAUAUUUAGCUUUCAACUGUUCAAAGGACAUAAAGAUCCCAUUAUUAAAGCAUUGUUCGAAGUAUCUUAUUCCUUUAUCAUGCCAUAACUUGAAAAUUUUGUUGUCAAAGAACAUUGGUAUGAGUUUAUUUUUCCACAAGGGAGUUUUGGGUGAUAAUUCAACAUUUAGUCCAAUGUUUUUAUGAACCUCGUGCCAAGAUUUGACCAGGUGGAUAGUAAGUGGAUUCUUGGUUUUACUGGUCCCAUUUAUAAAUUACAUCACUUUUCACCUCUUCAUCGAGAUCAUACAGUUCGAUUUGUGUCCAAGAGGGAGCAGGGUCCUGUCCAAAUAAGGGUAAGAGAAAUCUCAUCUGUGCUGCCCAAUAGUAGAAUUUUAAAUUGGGUAGUCGGAGGCCGCCCAUCUUGCAGUCCCAUGAUAAUUUCUCUAGACUUAAUCUAGGUACUUUAUGAUUCCAGAUAAAUUUGCUUAUGUUUUUGUUAAGAGUUUUAAAGAUGAUAUUCAUUCAUUUAUUAUUAGACAUUUUAUGAGAACCAAUCUGUUUUAUUUUUUUUCUCCGUCAGUUUUCAAAGCAUGAUCAUGUUUCUUAUUUUUCUCAGAAGACACAUGGUUAAAUAUUUUCAUAUCUUGGUGAUGUGUUUUCAUUGACCUCCAGAGAUCAGAUUUUAGUUUUCCUUUACCUUAAAGUAAUAUCAUCAUUCAAACUUUUAAAAAUUUCAAAACAAAAUGAAAUUUUCAGAUGAUGUUUUACAUGACAGAGCUGUGAUUUAUAUCAUACAGAUAUUAUUCAAUGUAAAUGUUUAAAUGUGAGUAUAGAUCAGUGACAUAUUCAUAGAUAUUCAAAUUAUACAAAACUAAAUUACACUGUCUGGUGCCUCUCUGCAUAGCUUUUUCUUUGAAGAGUUUCCAGAGGUGCCUGGGGGUCCUUGAGGACUCAUCAGUAGUCAUUGAGGAGGUUGCAAGGAGUCCUGUAGUGCUGGUUCACCUGGACUCUGUCUUUAAUAGACAGCUGACAGCCAAUCAUAGAACAGGAUUCUCUGUUGUCAUGGUUAGUUUAGUUUGGGAAUCCUGGAGAAAAUAGAAAAGGUCCUUGAGGAGGAGGUAGAGACUCUUUGGGGGAUAGCAGAGGUCGUAAAGGUGGUCAUGGAGGUCCUUGAUUAGGUUGUAGAGGUCCUUGAGAAGGUUGUUGAUCUCUAUGGGGAGGCUGUGGGAGGUUCAGGAGAACAUGCAUGGCCUUGAUCUGGUUUGAGAAGUCCUUGAAGAGGUUCUCGUGGUCCUUGAGCAGGGAGCAGUCGGAAAGAGGCGCAGGGGGUCUUUGAGAAGUUUCCAGGGAGAUUUUAGAGGUUUUUGAGGAGUUACUGAUGGUGUUGGUGAGAGCAGGAUUCUGUGUGUGUGUGACUGUGUCAGAUGGAUCAGGAUCAGGAUCAGGAUCCACAUGGACUCGGUGUGGUCAGACUUUCCUGUGGAGGCUGUUUGUUUGUCCCUGUGCUGGUGGAGUCCACCGACAGAUUUAUGAUCCACUUAUUUCUGUCUGUGCCUCUGACUGUGACCACACCCUCACCACUCAGGGCAAAGGUCGACUCUGCAGAGGCACAUCCUGAUUGGCUGCUGAGGUUUAUGAUGUCACAUGACUCACGACACACUGACGGUUCUCUGGUGGAAUUUAAACUCUUCGUCUCUUCUGAUUGGUCGACGGUCCGGCCACAAACCCUCAACCUCGGUUUGAUGAUUGACAGCUCAGUCCUGUGGUGUGUGUGUGUGUGUGUGUGUGUGUGUGUGUGUGUGUGUGUGUGUGUGUGUGUGUUACAUACCAGCCUGGCGGUGUGGGUGUGGCUGUGAGACAGAGACAAACAGAGAGAGAGAGAGAGAGAGAGGGAGGAGGGAGGGGGGCAGGCAGCAUUCCAGAAUAUCAGAGUCUGUCACACACCUGAAACACACCUGGCUCAGGUGAGUCAGGGCAGGUUCGACUGUUUACCUCCAGGAAAACUCUUAAAGGGCCAGUCAGCUGUUUUUGUUUAUAACAGAGGGAUAAAAUGGGCAGUAAAUUUACUGUGAGGUACCAACUGGGGUGAUAAAUUUAUGAGGUAAAAGGGGCUCAUGUUCAACAGUGAUAACACAACGAUCAGAUCAGAUUUACUGACCAGUGAUGUUUCAGAUCAGCGUUAUUGAUCGGUGAUCAGUGACGUUUCAGAUCGGUGUGGAGGAACACUGAGCGUCACGCUUGGCUCUGAACAGACCCGCUGCAGACACACUAUUGUUCCUGCACAAAGACAGGAAACACACACACUGUGAUGUCACAGAGGGGCGGAGCCUACACAGCCUCAGGGGUGGAGUUUACAGCAGACAGGAAGAGCAGAGACUUCCCUCAGUAAACACAACAGGCCGGAGAUCAGCCUCCUGCUAUUGUUCAGUGUGUGUGUGUGUGUGUGUGUGUGUGUGUGUGUGUGUGUGUGCACUAGCUGCCUUGCUCAGACUUUAAAUGAUCAGAGUUUUGAGACAGCUGCUCAUUGAUCUUCUGAUCACUGAUUGAUCAGUCGAUUGACAGAUCGUCGCCGCUCAGACGAGGCUGGAUUAAAACCAGGUAAACUGAGUUAGUCUGGUCCUGGUGAGUUAAUCUGGUCUUGGUGAGUUAGUCUGGUCCUGGUGAGUUAGUCUGGUCCUGGUGAGUUAAUCUGGUCUUGGUGAGUUAGUCUGGUCCUGCUGGGUUAACCCUCCAGUUAAGUUUUCCCUCACACCUGAACACAUCACUACAGAUAUUUUCAUAAGUUUGACCUGAAAUGUCAGAGAAACCAUCUGAAGCUGAGUAUGUAGAGACAUGUUGACAUGUUGAAGAGAACUCUAUCUUAUUCUUUUAAUCAAAGAAAACAGCUGUGCAGGUUUUCCACAGUGAGUCCAGCCCAGCAGUCUGCAGCAGCUCACGUUGACCAGCAGGUCAGGUGAAGUCGAUCUCAACGCAGCUACAGACUCAGAGUUUCAGCCUGUUUACAGACUGAGCUGAUGGUGAACAUUACCUGUGCAGGUGUUGCAGCAGGUUCAAUGACGUCAGCUCCUCAGAGGGGGCUGGUGACCAGGUGUGACCUUUGACCCCUCACCUUCAGAGUCACCUGCAAAUCUACCUGAGGGGGUGGGGCCUGAGGAGCCAAGGGUUGUUAACAUGGCAACGACCACCUCCCUGCUCAGCAGAGGUCUGGGUCUGGUCCUGGUGGAGUUUGAGUAUGAGUACGAGGGUCGGGAUGGGGUGCUGGUCUCCAUCAAACCCAACGAACGCUAUGUCCUGCUAGCUAAAACCAAUGACCACUGGUGGCAGGUCCGGCGUGACAGCAGCUCUAAACCCUUCUACAUUCCUGCCAAGUACGUCAAGGAGCUGCCGGCGGACUUCCCCUCCCCCCUGGACUUUGCUGAUCCACCCAGUCCUGAAGCGGUGCUGGUUCCUGUGGCUGUGCCAGUCCCAGUACCCGUGCCUGUCCCCAUUCCAAAGACUCUGGAGGAGCUCAGCGGGACCAGAACCAAACCGGGGGAUGAGGUGACGAUCCGGCUCAGACCUGAUGCCUCCACUGGGUACCGCAAGACUGAGAACCGCAUGUCGACAUUCGGUGUCCCGCUGGACUUCCACGACCUGUCGCAUCUGGUGGUUCCUGUGCCACGGCAUCCCAGCAGCCCUCCCACUGGUCCUGCAGAGACCAUGACAACCAGCUGUAAUACAAACAUGGCCGACGAUCUGAGCAAAAAGCAGCCGCACCUGGACGACCACAGGGACUCUGGGAAACCUCGGGUUCCUAGUUUCAGUCCAGCAGACCCCCUCUCCACAUCCCGGCCACAGACCCAGCCCAUACCGGUGGAGACGCCCAUGGUCCCUCCUAACAACGGCCUCCACGAUAACCAGGAGUCCCCGAUAGAGCCGGACGAGGAGGAGGAGGAGGAGGAGGAGGAGAGGGAGGUGGCGAGUGCUGAGGAUUCACUGAAGGAGGAAGAUUCAAACCACAUCUAUGAGUCCAUCCAGGACCUGAACCUGGACCUGGAGGCUUUGGUUGGAGGAAGAGUGAGUCCUGGAGCACCACCUGAACCUGCACCUGCCCCGCCCUCAUCACAGGACCACAGCUCACACGCCCCUAACUCGCCCAUCUACGCCAACGUCUCCUCUCUGAAAAAGGCGCCCCUCCCUCACAGCUCUGUAUCUGGCUCCGCCCCCAUACCUCCACCUCCAUCUGACCCCGCCCCCUCCCUCACAGACCACACCCCCUCAUCUUCACUCUCCUCUUCCUCCGACAUGAUAAGCCCUGCGUCCCCGCUCAGCCCACAGGACGGCUGGCAGGUGCACACCGACCAGGACAGCGGGAAGGUGUUUUAUUACCAUCCUGUGACCAGACAGACCACCUGGUCCGACCCCCGUGGCCCCCCACCCCUGCCCGCUCGAGAUGUGGACCAGUCCAGGGGGAGGGAGGGGGGACAGUUGACCUCCCCCGCCUCCUCUCAGAGCUCCUGUGGUUGGGAGCAGCUGCUUGACGAAGUCUCGGGGAGGGUUUACUACUACAACCCCAGCACACGAGUCACAUCCUGGACUGCACCGGAGCCCUUCUCCCCAUCCUCCCCCUCCUCCCCCACUGGAUCCACAACCAACAGGAAGCACGACAACGGGCCGCCUCCGCUGCCAGAGGAAGAUUAUCCUGUAGACAGGCCAAAUGAUGACGCCGUCUUCACAACGAAUCCUCAGCAUCCUGUGGGUCUGAUUCCCAGAGCUCAGCUGGACCUGAAAGAUGGAAACAGCUCCCAGUGGAGGCCGCAGGAGGCACCACAUUUGCCUCAAAGGCUGAUGGGAAAUGGAGUUUCUGAGGAGGGGCCGACAGUGCAGGUCAGGAACUGGAGACACAGUGUGGCCGAAGACACGUUUGCCCCGGGCCACAGGAGGAACGUCUCCGACCUCAGCGACCUGUCCAACAGACGACACUCCCCCGACAGUCCACAGCUGUCUGAUUGGCACAGACUGAAGAGGAAUCUGUCCAAUCGGAGCACAGACUCCAGCAAGCUCCACUGCCAUCUGCUGGAGAAAGCAGGAGUCAUCAAUAAGACCAAAGUAGCUGAUAACGGCAAAAAGAUCAGGAAGAACUGGACACAGUCCUGGACUGUCCUCCACGGUGGGAUCCUCACCUUCCACAAAGACCCCAAAUCUACUCCGACUGGGAACGCUAGUAAAGCAUCACAGAUUGUUCCAGAGUACACUGUCGACCUGAGAGGAUCUUCAGUCGGCUGGGCCUCCAAAGACAAGUCGUCCAAGAAGAAUGUUCUAGAGCUGAAGACUCGUCAGGGCUGUGAGUACCUGAUGCAGUACGACACCGAGAGCAUCAUCAGCGACUGGCUCAAAGUGAUCCAGGACACCAUCAGACAGCUGGAACAGGAACAUCUGUCAGAGGACGAGGACGAAGCUGCUUCAGACAAAGAGGACAAAGACAGGAAGAGGACGUCGACCAGGAGCUCAUCAGGAGCGGAUUCAGAGCAGAGACGAGUUCGGACCAAACUGAGACGGUUCCUCCAGCGGAGACCAACGCUGCAGAGCGUCAAAGAGAAAGGAUACAUCAGAGAUAACGUCUUUGGCUGUCACCUGGACACACUCUGUCACAGAGAAAACACAACCAUUCCCAGAUUUGUGGAGAAGUGUAUCAGAGCAGUGGAGAGGAGAGGUCUGGAUGUUGAUGGGAUCUACAGAGUGAGCGGAAACCUGGCCGUGAUCCAGAAACUACGACAUAAAGCUGAUCAUGAGGAGCAGCUGGACCUGGAGGAUGGACAGUGGGAGGAGAUCCACGUCAUCACUGGAGCUCUGAAGCUUUUCCUGCGUGAGCUCCCAGAGCCACUGUUUCCCUUCAGCUGCUUCGACAAGUUCAUCGCUGCCAUCCAGGUCCCAGACUACAGUCUGAGAGUCUCCUAUAUGAAGGACCUGGUUCAGUCUCUGCCUCUGCCAAACCACGACACCAUGGAGCUGCUGUUCAAACACCUGCGCAGGGUGAUCGAGCACAAGGAGUCCAACAGGAUGUCGGUUCAGAGCGUCGCCAUCGUGUUUGGACCCACGCUGCUCCGCCCCCAGACCGAGUCAGCCAACAUGACGGUUCACAUGGUUUUCCAGAGCCAGAUAGUGGAGCUCAUGCUCAAUGAGUUCCACACUGUCUUCUCCCAGAGGUAGGAGGAACCUCCUGGAGCUAAUCUGCAACCUUUAAGAAUUGUCAAAGAACCACCUGGAAGCUCCUGGAUGGUCCUGGAAGACCCCAGAGCACCAAGAGAAUGGCCAAAAAUCUUCCAAAGUGGCUCUUCAAAGUGUUUCCUCUAAAACUUUGGACUUAAACAUUACAUCCUUUCAAACCCAAGUUCAAGGGGCACUGAACAUGGAACCUGCUGAAUACAUAGAGCCUCUUUGAAACCAUUGUGCUGUAAACAAUUCACAUAGAACCUGAGUGGAACCACCUGGAACCCUGGACAGGUUCUGCAACCAGCAGCUUCAUCCUUCUAACAAGGCAGCAGUUCAAAUGGAAAACAUUAUCUUAAAAAACCCUAAAUCACCUCACUGUGAGCAAGAAUCCUCUAACAAGUUCCAGAUCCUUCUAGAUAAUUGUAGAUCUCUGGAUCCAGGUAGAAUCUAGGUAGAAUAUUAAUGAAACCACUUAGAAUCCUGGACUGGUUUGAAACCCCAAACUAUCUCACUUGAAGCAAGAUCACUCCGAAUAAGUUCCAGAUUCAUCUAAAACUGCUGGGAUUAAACAUCAAACCAGCUGGCUCUCUAACCACUGUGCCUUAAACAGCCCAAGUACAAACUGACUGGGACCACCUAAAACCAUGGAUUGUUUCUGAAACCUUCAUCAGGAGCAUCUCUUCUCUUUCAAGUCAACAGACCAAACAAAACACACUACAGUACAGCUUCUCACUUUGAACAAGACCUGUUCCAACAAGUUUGGGAUCUUUCUUGAAUCUUGUGACUCUCUGGACCCAAAGUCUUUUCCUGAUCCUGGUUUUAAAAUCUAUGGUAUGAGUUGAUGGGUUUUGAACCUGGGACCUGCUGAUUAUAUGAUGCUCCUCUCUAACCACUCGGUCCUAAAUGAUCCAGGUAGAGCUGGGUGCAGCUGUCUAUAACUCUGGACUAAUUCUGAAACCUUAACAACAGACAACCGUGAUUCACCCAAAACCUUUUAAAACUCUGGACACAAACAAAUAUUUUCUCCUUUUUACAGCAGUUCUGUAGACUUUUAAUUUUACAGGGUUUGAAUCUGAAACCUAAUGAACAUCACGUUCUUACCAAACUAGAGCUGUAAUUAACAAAGUUAGACCCUGAAUGGAACUUCAUAGAAGCAAACACCACCUCUUCCACCUCUUUUAAAAUAUUCUGUGGACAAUAAAUUUUACAGAGGGUGAAGCUAGAGGCUGUUGAGUUCAAUAUUUCACCACCAGACCACCAAACCUUAAAUGAGGCCAAAGAAACGAGAACUGAGCCAUCUGGAAACCUGUAACAGAUCUGACACAGGGACAUGACAAGCUGGAAUAAAGUAACAGACCAAACAAUCUUCAAACAGUGUCCUGCUUCCUACUCAGACUAUUUGGAGAACCUUCAGAUGUCUAGACCUCUGUCUGUCUUCAGGGAAUCAAACUGUGCAUUUUUGUUUUUAAGGACAUGACAGUUUCAGGCAUUUUGGCAUCAAAAUGUCUUAUAAUCUUUUUAACAGAACUCAUCUCCAAGGAACCAAAAAAACAAACCAAACAGGAUGUACACACUCUCCGUGGACAGAUUUCAAGUUUUGGGUUUACCCAUCCUGAACAUGAUGCUGUGUCUGUGGAUACUGAGUGAAUUUAGCUUUUUUUCAGAGGAAUUUUAUCAAACUGAUUCUUAUUUCUCACCUCCACAAAUCUGAGCCUUAGAAUACCAAAAAUAUUUACUGCAUGUUACAGCAGCUGUUUAUUGACACCCAAACUAAUUGAAAAUGGUCCUUAUGUUCAUUUUUGUAAUUUUUAUUAGUUGCUCAGUGUCUUAGAACUGAUUGACUGCAGACAUCAAAAGCAGUCUGAACUUUUGUUGUUCAAAGAAUGAGGCCCGGACUUCAUACAUAUCAAGUCUUACCUGGUCAUUCCAAUCACAUCCAAGCAGCCAAUGGCAGCUUUGUGCCUGAUGACCUCUGCUGUUCUGCAGGUGUUGGUCUCUGCUUCUUGUCAAGUAUAGUCUUGCUGUGUCCAUCAAACUGUAGCUCCAUUGGGACUAGAUUCAUAUCUGCUUUUAUAUAAAGCAACUUACAGGUGAGGGACAACACUUCAGAACAGCAGGAGACCUCGGAGUGAAAGCCAAGAACUAAGUCUGUUCAACAAGACAAAGUACAGGCGAUCAGGUGAAGAAGUUCACAGUACCUGUGAGUUUUCCUCCCAUUUUUCUGCUUCUUCUGUCAUUUAAAUCCAAAGCAGUGUCCUUCUACAUCUGAACCAUGUCACUGAGAGCAGGCUCAGUUAGCAGACUCUGGCGGACUCUGGUUGCUAUUCCAAGAAUGCAGAUUGACUUUAAAAAUGACCACAGUUUUUGACAGUGAAGUAACUCCCUCUCAUGUUUUGUGCAUGAUUCAUUUCAUUGCAUUUAUUAUUAUGACUGUUAAUUAAUUCAAGGUGAAGUAACCUUUGCAGAAAACACGGCUAAGCUACAUAUCCAAGUGUCCUAUACAGGAACCAACACAGUAUUUAAGAAGAUGAGGUUGUUAUGUCUUCCAGCCUCCCAGUAUCACUGACUGCAUCCAGCCAUACAUUUAUCUGGAGGUUUGAAUUAUUGCAGUCGUCCUAAGUCUUGACCUCUGGGGCCUCAGUGGUAGCUGCAGUGUUUAUUACAGGCCAUGUCCUGUAGUUUCAGCUGUGCAGGUAAAUCAUCAUGGUACAGGUUUUCUUUCAGCUUAUGAAAAGGUUUAAACAGUUUUAGCCUGUUUAUUGUGGUGUUUAUAUGGAGCAUUUUUAUUCUGUUUAGGCUUUAAACUGAUUAUAAUCAGAAUGUUAGGAUCCAUGUAAACCUGUUGUUAAAAUGGUGUCUGGAACAUUUAAUUAAAUUUCCAAUAAGUGUCAUUCCCCACCUCCAACUAUAAUGCUAACCCUGUGUGGAUGAACAAUGGACUCUCUGAAGUCCAUGUUCAGAUACUUAGUCUCAGCGUCAGUCUGUGUUGCGUUCACUGACACUGGAAAACAGAGAUUUGCACAGAAAAGUCAUUUUCAAAGUCAGAGUUUGAAGUAAAUGAGUCCUUCAUAUUAAACACUGGAUCAAAAUUUAGCUUCAGUGUGAUGGUUUCUUCAGUCAUAUGGAGCUGACUGUCACAGAGGAUGGAGAUUAAACCACAGUUCAACAGAGAAAUGAUCAACGUGCUAAAAUAAGCUAAGCUAAGCUACGCUAGACUAAGCUAAGCUAAACACUCUCUGGAUCUAUCUCUAUACACACAGAGAUCAAACUCACCUGCAAAAGACAAGAGCAGGAAGAUUUAUUCAAAUUUGUUUACAGAAGUGUUUCUGUAAAUCUUGAUAAUCUAUAUAUAUAUAUAUAUAUAGAUUUUAAAGUUCAGAGGACCCAGGACGUUUUCCCUAACAUUUUACAGAAAUGUUUAAGUAUUUCUUUUAGGGAUUAAUUUUACAGGAACUAUUUUACUGUUUGUGUUUCUAGAAAUUAUUACCUGUACAAUGCUGUAUGUUUUUAUAGUAUUGAGUUUAUACGUAUUACAGAUACAGAACAAAGUUAACAUGGAAAAUUAACAGAUUAAACUCUGUACAUAAGAGGGUAUUUUACUGACUUUUAAUAAAAAUAAAACUGAUCUAUACAACA